GCCAAAUGUGUGUGGCUCUAGAUUCCAUUCGUACUGUUGCCCUGGAUGGAAAACGCUCCCUGGAGGAAAUCAGUGCAUUGUUCCAAUUUGUAGAAAUAGCUGUGGUGAUGGAUUUUGUUCCCGUCCUAACAUGUGUACUUGUGCAGAUGGACAAAUAUCACCUACUUGUGGAUCAAAAUCCACUGUCUGUGAAAAUGGCUGCCAGAAUGGAGGACGGUGUAUUGGACCUAGUCGCUGUGCAUGUGUCUACGGAUUUACUGGCCCUCAAUGUGAAAGAGGGUGAAAAUUACAGAACAGGCCCGUGUUUCACACAAGUUAGCAACCAGAUGUGUCAGGGCCAACUAACUGGAAUUGUCUGCACAAAAACCCUGUGUUGUGCAACCAUUGGGCGUGCAUGGGGUCACCCCUGUGAAAUGUGCCCUGCUCAGCCUCAGCCGUGCCGUCGUGGCUUCAUCCCUAACAUUCGCACUGGAGCAUGUCAAGAUGUUGAUGAAUGCCAGGCUAUCCCUGGAGUUUGCCAAGGAGGAAACUGUAUUAAUACAGUAGGUUCAUAUGAGUGCAAGUGUCCUACUGGUCACAAACAGAAUGAGGCAACUCAAAAAUGUGAUG